CUCAGCAGACAGAGCAAAGAUGGCGGCGGCCGAGGCGGACAGAGAUCCACCGUCCGCUUUACGCGCAGAGUUUCUGAAUUUCUCCGCUAAAGACACCGCGGCGGUGUGGGCGUCGGCCUCCGACCUGCAGCAGGAUGUCUAUCACCACCUGGCCCUCUACGUUCCCAGGAUCUUCUGCCUGGGUCCGAACGUGGGCGGGGCUGGGGCGGAGCAGCGGGAGGAGCAGAGAGAGGAGCAGAGGGAGGAGCUAGCCUGCCAGCUGCUCCUAUUGGCUCCUCUGGAGUGGCUGUUGUUGGGGGAGGAGCCUUCAUCAGGUCUCGCGGGACUCCAGGAGAAGAACCAACCGUCUCACCUGUGUGGUCACGUGUUCAGGGUGGGCGAGCCCACGUACUCCUGCAGGGAGUGUGCAGCCGACCCCACCUGUGUCCUGUGUAUGCAGUGUUUUCUGGGCAGUGUUCACAAAGACCAUCGAUACCGGAUGACCACGUCCGGAGGUGGAGGUUUCUGCGACUGUGGUGACGCUGAAGCCUGGAAGAAAGGUCCUUACUGUCAGAAACACACCCCGAAGGAGUCCAGCCGAUACUCGGAGGAGGACCCCGUAGCUCAGCUUCCUCCGGAAAUGGUCGCCCGUAGUUGCAGUAUCUUCUCCAUCCUCCUGAAGUACGCCGUGGACAUGCUGACCUGGGAUCAGGAGGAUCAGCUGCCUGCAGGACUCCAGCCUCCGGAGCGAGGUGAUACCUACUACUGCAUGUUGUUCAACGACGAGGUGCACACGUAUGAACAGGUCAUCUACACGCUACAGAAGGCCGUCAACUGCAGCCAGAAGGAGGCCGUCAGCUUCGCCACCACCGUCGACAGAGACGGCAGGAAGUCGGUCCGAUACGGGGAUUUCCAGUUCUGCGAACAGGCCAAGUCUGUGAUCGUGAGGAACACCAGCCGGCAGUCGAAGCCUCUGCGAGUCCAGGUGAUGCACUCGUCCGUUGUGGCUCAUCAGUGCUUCGCUCUGAAGGCGCUCAGCUGGUUGGGUCAGAUCAUUCAGUACUCUGAUGGUCUGCGCAGGAUCCUGUGUCAGGUUGGUCUUCAGAAAGGUCCGGAAGGAGAGAACUCAUCACUGGUGGAUCGGCUGAUGCUCAAUGACUCCAAGAUGUGGAAAGGAGCGAGAAACAUCUACCACCAGCUACUGAUGAACAGCCUCCUCAUGGAUCUCAAGUACAAGAAGGUCUUUGCCAUCCAGUUCGCCAAGAACUACAGACGCCUGCAGACAGACUUUAUGGAGGACGACCACGAGCGAGUGGUGUCAGUGACCUCCCUGUCGGUUCAGCUCUUCACCGUCCCGACCAUGAAUUAUGAGCGCUUGCAGAACGACUACGUGAAAGACGACCACGACCGUGAGUUCUCCAUCACUGACCUGUCGGUGCAAAUGUUCACCGUCCCGUCGCUGGCCCGGAUGCUGAUGGUGGAGGAGAACCUGAUGACCACCAUCAUCAGGACGUUUGUGGACCACCUCCGCCACCGAGACCUGCAGGGGCGUUUCCAGUUCGACCGCUACACCGCCCAGCAGGCCUUCAAGUUCGGACGAGUCCAGAGCCUCAUCGGAGACCUCAAGUAUGUUCUGAUCAGCCGUCCAACCGAGUGGAGCGACCAACUCCGACUGAAGUUUCUGGAAGGAGUGGAUGCGUUUCUGGAGCUGCUCAGGUGUAUGCAGGGCAUGGACCCGGUGGUGCGACAGGUUGGACAGCACAUCGAGAUGGAGCCAGAGUGGGAGGCGGCAUUUACUCUGCAGAUGAAACUGACCCACAUCAUCUCCAUGAUCCAGGAGUGGAGCUCCACUGAUGAGCGCGUAUUGAUUGAGGCGUACAAGAAGUGUCUGAGCGCGCUCAGUCAGUGUCAGAGUGGUCUGGCUGACGGCGAGCAGCCAAUCAGUUUGAGCCUGGCAGGUCACAGCGUGGACACGUUCAGGUACCAGGUGUCUCAGGACAAGGUGUCCAUCCACCUGCCGUUGUGUCGGCUACUGGCAGGUCUACAUGUCCUCCUGAGCAGAACCGAAGUGGCCUCCAAAUUCCCAGAACAACUGCCUCUGGGUGAGCUCAGCCCCCCACUCCUCAUCGAACUCCCUCUCCGCUGCCUGGUGCUCUGUGCCCAGGUGCAUGCUGGGAUGUGGAGGAGGAACGGCUUCUCCCUCAUUAACCAGAUUUAUUAUUACCACAACGUGAAGUGCAGAGUGGAGAUGUUUGACAAAGACAUCAUCAUGCUGCAGGCGGGGGCAUCCAUGAUGGAUCCAAACCACUUCCUGAUGAUCGUCUUGAGUCGCUUCGAACUGUUUCACAUUUUCAGCUCAGCAGACUGUAGGAAGAGAUAUAGAGAGGCCAACAAGGAUGUGGUCCAGCAAAACAACACUCUGAUCGAGGAGAUGCUGCACCUCAUCAUCAUGGUGGUCGGUGAGCGCUUCGUGUCCGGCGUCGGCCAGGUGGAGCCAUUCGACGAGGUUCGGAGGGAGAUCAUCCACCAGCUGUCGAUCCGACCGAUGGCUCACAGCGAACUAGUGAAGGCUCUGCCGGAGAACGGGAACAAGGAGACGGGUCUGGAGAGAGUCAUUGACACCGUGGCUUCAUUCAGGAAACCAGGUGUGACUGGGCGUGGCCUGUACGAGCUGCGACCUGAGUGGAACAAACACUUUAACCUGUACUUCCACCACUACAGCCGAGCCGACCAGUCCAAGGCGGAGGAGGCUCAGAGGAAACAGAGGAGACAGAACGGGGAGGACACAGCCUGCCCCCCCCCACCACCACCCCCUCUUUGUCCUCUAUUCGGCAGCCUGGUCAACCUGCUGCAGUGUGACGUCCUGUUGGCUGUAGAGGGCGCUGUGCUGCAGUGGGCGGUGGAGCCCAGCGGAGGAGGAUGGACCGAGUCCAUGCUGCAGAGGGUGCUCCACCUGGUGGGAAUGGCACUGCUGGAGGAGCAGCAGCAGUUGGAGAACAGCAGCACUGAGGAUGACAUCUCCUUCAACUACAUCUGCAAGAUCACACGUCCAGGUGAAGCCCCCAGUACUUCAGGAAGUGUUCUGGCUCUGUUGGAGAGUCUGCAGAAUGCUCCUCACCUGGAGGUCCACAAAGACAUGAUCACCUGGAUCCUGAAGAUGGUAUCAAACAUUAAGACAAUGAGAGAGAGGACAUCGUCCAACUCCUCCGUCACCGUGAGUCCAGGACCAGGAGGACCUGAGGAGGUGGUACGUGACAAAGACAAAGCGGAGAGGAAGAGGAAAGCAGAGAUGGCUCGUCUGAGGAGAGAGAAGAUCAUGGCUCAGAUGUCGGAGAUGCAGAAACAUUUCAUCAACGAGAACAAAGAACUGUUUCAGCAGAGUCUGGAGGAGCUGGAGGCGUCGACAUCUGCCGCAGCAGAGACCAGUUCUCCCAGUUUGGAUCAGUCCAGUGUAUCCCAGGUGUGUGUCGGUCCCAGGAGGCCCGGGGGGGUGGAGCAUCGUCAGCUUGUCACCUGUAUCCUGUGUCAGGAGGAGCAGGAGGUGAAAGGUCACGGCAGGGCCAUGGUCUUGGCAGCGUUCGUCCAAAGGUCGACGGUUCUGUCCAAAAACCGGAGGCGGGUCUUGCCUGGGUCAGACCGGGACCCCCUGUUCAUGAACCCGGACCUGGCUCUAGGGAUCCACACCGCCAGCUGUGGACACAUCAUGCACGCCACCUGCUGGCAGAGAUACUUUGAGGCGGUUCAGCUGAAGGAGCAGCGUCGUCAGCAGCGCCUUCGAGGUCACACCAGUUACGACGUGGAGAACGGAGAGUUUCUGUGUCCACUCUGUGAAUGUCUGAGCAACACCGUGAUCCCUCUGCUGCCACACACCCACUCACCUGACCACAGCGUCAUUCAUACCAGUUUGGAGACGUGGCUUAAGACGACCAGUCAGCAGAUAGCAGCUCUUCAUGCCGCCCACAGAAAGCAGGAAUCUGAAGGUGCUGCAGAGGGGGUGGAGCCUCCUGUACCUGAAGGAUUCAUAGUCGACUUUGUUCCACCGAAGCCGUUCUCCAGCAGCGUCAGCGAGAUGAUCACCACCUUCAGCAUGUCCACGUACAAGGUGGGGUUAAAGGUCAACCCCAACGAGCAGGACCACAGAGUCCCUGUCCUGAGCUGGUCCACCUGUGCCUACACCAUCCAGGCCAUAGAGCGCCUCCUGAUGGACGAGGAGAAGCCGCUGUUUGGAAGUUUACCCUGUCGACAGGACGACUGUCUGAGUUCACUGUGCAGGUUCAGUUCAUCCUGUUGGACGGUGGCUCCACCCACAACUGUUCACAAGCACUUCAUUGGCCUGUUGGCAGCCCUGGUUCCAGACUCUCAGGUAGAAAACACUCCGUGUAUCCUGGACAUCGACAUGUUCCACCUGCUGGUUUACAGUGUAUUGUCUUACAGCUCAGUUCACAGUCUGGACCAAUCAGGACGCAGUGUGGUUGACUCCGCCCACCUCCACCUGCUCCACCUGGUCACAGUGGCUCACAUGGUGCAGAUCCUGCUUAGCUCUACGACAGAGGAGGUGUGCAUGGAGCAGGACAGUGGGGGGUCUGAGGAGGAGGAGCUAACCUGUCAGCUGUACGACUCCCUGAGGACUCACCUGGACGGCGUGCUGCCAGAGGUGUCGUCUGGGUGGCAGCUGUGGCGUUGUGUUAAAGCUGGAGUCACGCCGUUCCUCAGAGCCGCCGCCCUGUUCUUCCACUACCUGAACUCUACAGCGCCACCUGCUGACUUGCUCGUUCCUGGCGUUGGCCAGUGGGAGGCGCUGUGUAGCUACCUCAGUCUGCCCUCCAACCUGCUGCAGCUUCACCACAGCCACCGCGCCGUCCUGGAGCCCCUCAUCCACAGCUGGUGUCGUCAUCCAGGUGUUCACCAGACGCUACGGGGGGGCGGAGUCAUUGUCAGGUUUCCCCGGGAGUCCAAUCGCCUCAUCGAGCUGCCUGAAGACUACAGCGUCCUGAUCAACCAGGCUUCGAGUUUCACGUGUCCUCGGUCCGGGGGGGACAAGUCUCGGGCUCCGACGCUGUGUCUGGUCUGUGGGUGUAUGUUGUGUUCUCAAAGCUACUGCUGUCAGACGGAGGUGGACGGAGAGGACGUGGGCGCCUGCACCGCCCACACCUUCACCUGUGGAGCCGGACUGGGCCUCUUCCUCAGAGUCAGAGAGAGUCAGGUGUUGUUCGUCGCAGGUAAAACAAAGGGCUGUUUUUAUCCUCCUCCAUACCUGGACGACUACGGAGAAACCGACCAGGGCCUCAAGCGUGGGAACCCCCUCCACCUCUGUCCCGACCGCUACAGGAAGAUCGAGCGUCUGUGGCGUCAGCACGGCGUGGCAGAGGUCAUAGGUCACGCUCAGGAGGCCAAUCAGACGCUGGUGGCCAUCGACUGGCAGCACCUGUGACGGGACCCCGCCCCCCUGCAGAGCUUGGCCAAUCAGCUUCUUCCUGCGGCUUCUUUCAGGGAUUUUUCUGGACGUUUGGGUUUGGGUCUGCGGUUGACCUCCGACCUCCAACCUCUGCUUGGCUCACUCCGUCCGCCAACAGGAAACGCAUCAGUACAGUUUAUUUUGUUUUAGUUUUUUUUUUUUUUUUUUAGAGUUUUAACAUUUAAAACCUUUAUUUAAAUAAAACCAAAGUGAAGCCCCGCCCACUCAGCUGACUGACAGCGUUCCCUCCCGUCUCCCACCUUAAGGGGCGGAGCUUAUCAACAUAUCGUAUUGAUUCUGGAUUGGCCGUUUGGUUUGUUUUGGUUGUGAUGUGCGUUUAAUUUCCUGACUGUUGAUAUGUGAAUGACUCUGUAUAAAAGACGACAUGUACAAUAUGUAUAAGAACCACAAUAAACACUGAGAAAAACACCA